UUAUGGCUCGAAAUAGAAGGGCCUUCAGCGAUUAAAAAGCCAGGUGAUAAUUUGAAACCUCAGCUCUUUUUAUACGGCACAAGAAUUUGUGGCUGCAGGUUUUUUUCCCUCCCCUCAUUUUUUCCUUACAAGAAAAUACAUAUCAGAUGUGGAGCGCUUCAUUAACAAAGUUGAGGUUGUAAUUAUAAGAGUCUACAAGAGAUGGUCAAGCUACUUAAUAGCCUCAUAGAAGGUUGCUUGAAAGUCUAGAAAUAUGCCUUCAUAACUUGUAACGUAAUUUAUUUGAAACAGUGGGUUUCAGGUUUUUCUUUAAAACAGGCCUCUCACCAUGUCCCAGUAGGGGGUAUUGUGACAGCAAUAUAAAGCAUUCAAAAGUUACAGAGUUACAAUAAGUACGAGCUAAAAAUAUUAAUAGCUGAGUGUAUACAUAGAAUUAUAAAUUGUAAACACUGUUAAACUACAGAUCUAGAAAUACACGAUAUGUAAAGAAAGUCUGUUUUAGUCUGAAUUACCAAAGUGUGCUUCUCCGUGAAGAUAUGACACAGGUCGUGUUCCUGCCAGAUCAUGGAAAACCUUGGGGAUUUGUGCAGUUUCAUUACGUGCUAACAAACAACAAUAAUUGUCGCUUGGCUCGAUCUUAUGUUCUACGGUAGGUGACUUUCGUGUUAAAUAGCCUGUCCUCAGAGAGGGGGUCAGGGCGGAGUAGAGAGGAGGUUAAAUGCCGAGGGGGGUUAUUUUUCUUUUCUUUUCUUUUUUUUGAAGAGCCGGUACAGUGGCUUAUCUCGUGGUGGGAAAUGAGACAAGUCACCCCUCCAUCGGUGCGCUCAGAGAUCCAAUGCACGAGAGAGCGAGACGACCGGUAAAAAUGACUUUUACAAGUGGACAUGAAUCUUCAGCCACUACUUUGCGUGGAGAGCUGGGAAGAACAUUUAAAUGCACUCUUCACACAUUUCUCCAAAAACAGUGAUAUGUGCUGUUGUCCUUUUCCGCGUUCUUAAGAAUGGAAGAAACUAGUGUGAGUAACACUACCGUGUCCUCGCGGAGCAUGAUACCGACCAUUCCCUCGGUGAUGUUCAUCUUUGGGGUGGUGGGCAACGUCAUAGCCAUCGUUGUGCUUUGCAAAUCCAGAAAGGAGCAGAAAGAGACAACGUUUUACACUUUAGUGUGUGGGCUUGCUGUUACGGAUCUUUUGGGAACCAUCUUAGCCAGCCCCGUCACCAUCGCUACAUAUGUCAAAGGCUCGUGGCCGGACGGGGACCCGCUCUGCCAAUAUUUCGGAUUUGUCUUGCUUUUCUUUUCAUUGGCCGGACUUAGUUUAAUAUGUGCUAUGUCGAUAGAGAGAUACCUGGCAAUCAACCAUGCUUAUUUUUACAAUGAAUAUGUCAAUCAGAAACUGGCAGGCUUCACACUCUUCGGCAUAUAUGUAUCCAACAUACUUUUCUGCGCGUUACCCAGCAUGGGCUUUGGAGAGGUGAAAAUGCAGUACCCGCAAACCUGGUGUUUCAUUGACUGGAGGAGUAACGUGACGACGAACGCAGUCUACUCGUACAUGUACGCGGGGUUCAGCUCUGUCCUCAUCCUAGUUACGGUGAUCUGUAACGUGCUGGUGUGCGGGGCUCUGAUCCGAAUGCACCGGAGAUUCGUGCGGAGGAUGUCGCUCGGGAAUGAACCGGGACGCAGCAGCGGCUCAGAUAUCGGGAAAAGACGCAGCUUCGGUCGCUUGGCGGGUGCAGAAAUCCAAAUGGUCAUACUGCUGAUUUGCACGUCUGUCGUCAUCCUAAUUUGUUCAAUUCCUCUUGUUGCCCAGGUGUUCAUCAACCAGCUGUACCUGACAGAGGUGGAGAAGAGGAUUGAGAAGAACCCUGAUCUCCAAGCCAUCCGGAUUGCCUCAGUCAACCCCAUCCUUGACCCUUGGAUAUACAUCCUGCUUAGGAAAGCUGUGCUCCUGAAGCUUAUCCAGCACAUCAAGUGCCUCUUCUGCAAGGUGGGGGCCUGUCACCCAGGGCAACAGGGGGGCCGCCAGGGGACCUUCCACUGCCGGGACGGGGGGUCCCAGCAGCAGCUGUCGUCCAUCAUCUCACGGGACGGGGGGUCCCUGGCCUCUCGCGACCUGAGGGAGGUGAGCAGCACCUCUCAGACCCUCCUGUACCUGCCGGAGGGCUCCGAGGGCUCCACCUGGCAGGCGGAGGGGCCCCCUGUCCGUAAACCUCACCGUUCCAAAUGCCCCUCCCCGGAGGCAGAGGAAGGGGCGAGUCCCAUCCCAGAUGAGGCGUCGUCGGAGGGGAAGGAGCAGCCUCUGAAUGGGGCUCGUGUGGGCUAUCAGACAUUCCAGAAGGAGAGCAUCUGAGAUGUGCAGGAGAACUAAAAAAAAAAAAAAACACUGAAAAA